UUUACACGUCAUCAUCAUCAUCAUCAUUAUUAGUCCAGAGAGACGGCCGCUUAUUAAUGCUCCUGUCCUCUCUCUCCUCAUCGGUUCAGUUCGGUUCUCUCAUCAUCAUCAGUCGGGACUUAAUGAGUUUGGCACUGAUUAAAGCGCCUGUCUGCUGAUGAAUUGGGCUGGAUUCCGCCUGUUCACCGCUCGCCCUUUAAAAUGGAGUUUGUGGAGAGGAAACGGAGCAGGAAAUCUAAGAGCUUUAAACUGGUCAGCGAUGCAGAUUUCAGCCAUGAGUUGGAUGAUGUGGACCAGAAUGACAGCGAAGGAGACCUGGAUGCAUCUGAGACUGAAGUCUGGUUAGGUGAUGACGGGAUGGAGAUAAAGAGGCAGAUAACGGGCAUGAUGCGCUUGCUGAGUGAUAAGACGGGACGAGUGUACCAGCGGGUUGGACGAGAGGGGGAGACCCUCAAAAAGGAGCCCCAGGAAGAGGCCCUCAGCCUGCCUGUCACCCAGAGCCUGGCCCUUGAAAACCUCCAGUACGGCUGGAGCUCCGGCCUGCCUCUGGAACACGGACAGAAUGGCACCUACUCCAUAAACCAAAGGAUGCUGAAUCACUCAAAAGCUUAUGACAUAGCCUUGCCCCCUGCGCCGGCUGCCAUGGCAACUGAGUCCAGCUGCUGUAUGUGCAACUGUAAGAGCACGCUUCAGGCCAUUCUGCUGGAGUUACGUACCAUGAGAAAAUUAAUCCAAACUCAAAGAGGAACUCAGGACAAACAGGGUUCCCACGUUCCAAUUUCAGCAACCCGUUCCUCAAUCUCCAGGAGGAGGACCCGAAAAAGAAGGCCAGGUCACAGAGUGACAGUCUUGACCACGCCCACUAAAAGAACCACACCUCUAUCACCGCCUUCUGAGGCUGAUGCUUUAAAGGAAUCCGAUCAGAGAGAAAGACAGUCCAAAGAGGACACGCCCUCCACAGUGGUGACAUGUAUCCCAGAUCCCGUUCCUAGUGUGAAGACUCCUCCCCCUCACUAUAAUGUAAACAGAGAACAAAACACCACAGAGCCGGAGGUGCAGUUGGCCGAGGAUUAUGAUGUAUUUAUUCCUAAAGCACAGUUGGAUUCGAUCUUACUGAACUACACACGCUCUGGCAGUCUGCUCUUCAGGAAACUGGUAUGUGCUUUCUUUGACGACGCCACGUUGGCCAACUCACUGCCCAACGGUAAGAGGAAGAGAGGUCUAAACGACACCAGAAAAGGACUUGAUCAGAACAUAGUGGGCGCCAUUAAAGUGUUCACAGAAAAGUAUUGCACUGCCAAUGGAAUUGAGAAGCUUCCCGGCCCCAGAGACUGGGUCCAGAUUCUACAAGACCAGAUUAAACUUGCCCGUCGACGCUUAAAAAGAGCAGAGACGGCCUCAGAAAGUAAUGAGAUCCUGCACAGAGCAUGUACAGACAAAACAGAGGAGUGUCCGGAGACUUUUGAUAAAGUGGAAACUGUGGCAAAAUGGUACUGAAUGCACACCUGAAGUGAGUGGCAUUAUUCUUCUGUUCUGCAGGUGCUGCUUAUGAGAGAACCGACUGUCCUGUUGCUAUUGACACUGCCUGAACAGACAUUGUUUUCAACAAAAUGCAACCUCGAAGAGUUGCAAAAAUAGUCAUUUUUACUUUUGUUGGUUUGCCCAGACUUUAUCGGGAAAUGUGGUUUUGAAACUCUCAUGAAAUGUAACAUGUAAGAAAAAUGUAACAUUUAAACGAUCAGGAGGACAUCAAAGUUCUUUCACUUACAACUUACAAUGGUCUUCUAUAUAAAUGGCAAUGUGGUUUCUCAGCUUCAUCCAAAUGCAUCACCGACAAAUAUCAGCAGAACUGCUGUCUGAACAUGAUGACUGUGCCUUUAAUUCACUCUGCCAUGCCAAGCAACAAACUGAUGUCACGGUUCUGGUGAAAUAUGUGCAUUUUCUAUAUUAACAGUACUUAAAGAGUCAUAUUCGCUGCACAUUGUCUUGUAUAAUCGGGCAGACUGGUUAUGUAGAUGUUACUGUUUGACUUCCUGUGUAAGAGGAUUUAGUGUCAAUUGAAUGUGUACAAAUGAGUGACGUAUACAAACACUGUCCUGCGUCUCUGUAACAAACAGUUUUUACCUCACGGUCAAAAGCUUGAAUAACUAUAAAUGGUAAAGGAAUAUUCCAGGUUAAAUAAAAGUUAAGCUCUAUAUAGAAAAUAAUUUCGACGGCCAUUGUUAGUGCAUUAAGUGUCCACACAAUUAUUGUUUAUCACAAAGGGGUCACAAUUAUGUUCUGCUUUACUUGUAUUUUAACCGGAAUAUUCCAUAAAAAGCACAGACUGUGCCUCCUUUUAAAACGCCAGAUUUAAAACAGAUAAAACUCAAUUUUAAGUAUAUUAGUGGAAAGUUGUUGUGGUCUGAGACUUCAAAUAAAUAAUAUGGCUGUGUUACAUUGU